UGGCCGUACAGCGACCGAGUUGGUGCGGGAGGAGCGAGCGGCGUGUUUCCGGUUAGAACAGGCCAGGAAACAACAGUAAAUACCACAUUAAACCUUAAUGCCGAUAAAAAGCCUUCAAAUUAAAGCAAAGCAACUAAAUACAAUCCGAUUGAUUGUGUUCAAUUGAACGGGAGGGAGUCGGGAGCGAGGCAGCAGCGAGCAUGGCAAUGGAAACCGAGUUUCGGGAGAUCGAUGAGUCUGGGAAUUGGAGCGCCAUUUACCAGGAGAUCCGGCAGCAGUCCAGCGAGCUGCCCUGUAAAAUCUCCAAGCUCCCAGAGAACAAAACCAGGAACCGUUACAGAGACGUCAGCCCCUUUGACCACAGUCGAAUCCACCUGCAGCUGGGAACCAAUGACUACAUCAACGCCAGCCUGAUUUCCAUGGAGGAGGCCAAGCGCAGCUACAUUCUCACACAGGGCCCUCUGCCCAACACCUGCGGUCAUUUCUGGGAGAUGGUGUGGGAGCAGAAGAGCCAUGGAGUGGUCAUGCUGAACCGAGUCAUCGAGAAGGGCUCUGUGAAGUGUGCCCAGUACUGGCCGCAGCGAGAGGAGAAAGAGAUGGAGUUUGCUGACACAAACUUCAAGCUGACUCUGAUCUCUGAGGAUGUCAAGUCUUAUUACACUGUGAGGCAGCUGGAGCUGGAGAACCUGGAGACCCAGGAGACCCGUGAGAUCCUGCAUUUCCACUACACCACCUGGCCUGAUUUCGGGGUCCCGGAAUCCCCCGCCUCCUUCCUCAACUUCCUGUUCAAGGUGCGGGAGUCCGGCUGCCUGGGCUCGGAGCAGGGCCCUGUGGUGGUGCACUGCAGUGCAGGGAUCGGCCGCUCCGGGACCUUCUGCCUGGUCGACACUUGCCUCCUACUGAUGUCCCUUCGUAAGGACUCCACCUCUGUUAGUGUGCGGGACGUCCUACUGGAGAUGCGUCGAUUCCGGAUGGGACUAAUCCAAACUGCAGACCAGCUGAGAUUCUCCUACCUGGCUGUGAUCGAGGGGGCCAAGAGCAUCAUGGGAGACCCGUCAGUGCAGGAGUCUUGGAAAGAGCUCUCCAACGAGGAGGACACUCCCCCCGAGUUCACUCCUCCCCCCCCACGCCCUCCCAAGCGCAUCGGUGUGGACGCACCUAAUGGCAAGACUGCUGAACCAAUCGUUUUUUUCCCUCCGGCAUCGAGGGUGGAGUUUCCAGAGGAUGAGGAGCCGAAGGAGAGACUGGGUUCUGAGCCACUCGUUGCUAGCCACAGUGAGGAGCCCGUGGUGAGGAGGAGAGCUGUGGGAGAGACCGCCACCCAGCUGGACGAAAGGGCCAAUCGAGGGCAGGGGAAGGAGGAGGAGGCAGAACUAGAGGAGGACGACAGCCCGCUGGGUGCUUGGAAGCCUCUGCUGGUCAACAUGUGCGUGUGCAGCGCUCUGGCCCUGGCUGUGUACGUCUGUUACCGGUCCUGUUUCCACUGACCUCGUAAAGCAAGGGCUGAAGAGCCAGCAAGCCAAUUUGGAUCCUCUCACCAGCUCAGGAGGUGGGACUUGAACCUGGAGCACCAAUCGCGGAGCUCCGCGUUCUCAUUUUUGUCUGAAUGCAAGGAAGGGUUUAGUCCCCGGUCAGUCCCGGGAGCUAUCUGUUCUAAAACCUCAGGGCCUCAGCUACAGGACACACACCGUUAAAUACAAAAAACAAACAAUAAAAAAAUACAAGCAGAUUAUUUUACUUGCUUUUCAUCGCUUUGUGUAAGAGAGUGUAUAUGUAUGUAUGUACAUGUCUGUGUGUGUGUGUGUGUGUGUGUAUAUAUAUAUAAAAUGCCAUUUUAUAAUUGACAUUUAAGACCAUACCCCUAUCAUUCUGUACUGAAAUUUCAUUUAUCUGCAAAUUACACUCAUUGAAUUAAAGCUUUUUUUUUUAUACAAGAUUAUGAAAUUACUUUUAAUUUUUUGCUUUUUUAUUGUAAAUUGUUGGGUUCUAGAUUUUGGUGCCUGUAAGAAGGCAUGGGGCACUGGAGACGAGAACCUUUCCUGCUUUGGAAACCUGCACUUGAUGGGGAGGUGAAAACAUACUUCUCUUUAUUCAUAGCUGUAGCUGACUCCUGUUUUAUUAAGUUGUCAGUACUGUACCAGGUACUAAGCUGAAGCCAACAAACUCCUUUCUGCUUGUGACCUGAGGUGAAUUUUUGUGUUUCUUGCCCUGUUAAGGUAGAAAGCUGUGUCGUCUGUCUCGGAGUGUACCAAUUGCUUACCUUCAGCCUGAGGAGAAUUCGCUUUACUGCAGACAGAUUGGUAACAAAGUGUGAAACUUCUAGCAUACAGCAUCCUCCGGCGACAGGAACAUAGCACCACUUUAGUGCUUAUUCAAUGUGAUGACUGUGUGGAUGUGUUGUGGUCAGUCUGAGUGUGUAUCUGCUUAUUCAAUGUGAUCACUGUGUGGAUGUGUUGUGGUCAGUUUGAGUGUGUAUAUGCUUAUUCAAUGUGAUGACUGUGGAUGUGUUGUGGUCAGUCUGAGUGUGUAUCUGCUUAUUUAAUGUGAUCGCUGUGUGGAUGUGUUGUGGUCAGUUGUGUAUCUGCUUAUUCAAUGUGAUGACUGUGUGGAUGUGUUGUGGUCAGUCUCAGUGUAUCAGGGGAAUGUCCUCCCCUGCCUGUAUUAAUGAGUAUGGCUGUAGAUCACAGGGAUCUCAUUUUUCAUGCUGAUGGUUUUUCUAGUUGUGGAUUUCCAGCAGCAGGGCUGAUGUGUGGUUCUGUGUGUUUUCAGCUUUAACUCUGUUCCAGUUCACUCUCCUACAGGCAUACCCACUGGACCUGCCUUUAUAAUAUUGACAUGUCACAGUAGUGAUUAAAAUGGGAAAAGACCAGAAAGAGGCAUUUGUAUCUUACACAGUUAGGAUCUUUGUCCUAAAGAGCAAUAAGCUUCCAAUGUCAUUUUACUGACUUGCCUUUUUGUGAUCGCUGAGUGUGGUUCUAGAUUCUGUAUAUUCAGUUACCAGUGGUUCUAGAUUAUGAAGAUCCAGUUACUGAUGGUUCUAGAUUCAGUUACCAUUUUCUUUGCCCUUACCUGACUUGGAGUGUGUUGGAGAAUUCUAACUGCCUAGCACUGACUCCCUUAUUCCAUUCAAACCAUUAGUUAAGAUUCUCUAGACAAGCUCACAGACUGGUGGACAGAUAAAGAUUUAGAUGAAACUCAAUAUGGCACAACAGAACCACUCUGAAUGAUCGCAAGCAUCAUGACAAGGCAAGGGAAAGGUGAAACACAUACACUGACAUGGCAUUUCAUGUAAUACAUGUAUUGUUAAUAGCACUGCUUGUGCCCUUCUCCCUCAGGAAGUUCUGUCGCACACCUUUUCUGUCCACGUUCAUCUGCUUCUAAAAUAGAGCCAUGCUACUCUCCCACAACACGGGCUGAAUCAAGCUGUUCUGAUGCCAAGUUUACGAGUGUUACAUGGCACAGAACCCCCAACAGCAUCUCUAUGGGCAAAUUGAUUGUCUCCAGGAAGAGUGAGGAACGUCUCCAUAGUAGGGCACUGAUCCUUCUUUGCUUUACAACAACAGGCUUAAAAAAGGAAGCCAAAAGAAUAAAAACAAGGGACCUGGGAGUCCUGACAGGGAACAACUUGCUUACCUUUAAAACCUCAACACUAAGCAGAGAACACAAGCUUUCAGCCAACAGGAUUGCAUAUUUGCAAAUGAUUUGUGCUCAAGCAAUGAAAUGUUUCUCCUGAUAGCAGAUCUAACAGAAAAUCCAGUGCAACCAUCAUUCCAGUAUCAGACCUAACAAUGGAAAACCCAGCACAGCCAUCAUUCCAGUACCAGAUCUAACAAUGGAAAACCCAGCGCAGCCAUUAUUCCAGUAGCUGAUCUAACAAUGGAAAACCCAGCGCAACUAUCAUUGGAAUCACAAGAGUGUUUUACAAUUUUCACCGUCAGAAAUGAAAUAUUUAGUAUGGAGGUUGUUUUGUCUUUAAGAAAACUAUCCGAGGAUAUUUUCAGUGAAGUCUUGUCACGCUCUUAUUUUCAAUGUGUUGAAUCCAGGCCCACUUGUGCAAUUUAUUUUUUUAAGGUCAUGAUUCCUACAUCAGUGGCAUCUUUAAACAACUUCAAUCUUGGAUAUGUUUAGCUUGUGAAAUGUGAUGAAUAUUAAACAUGGAUGCACAGAAAUGAAAUACACCUUACGGUAGUUCCAUUCCAAUAUAUAAAUGUUCUUUUAGGCCAUCUCUCUUUUAGGGAUUAUUUCCAUCACUUGUGCCUGGAUGAUUUGCACUGCAGCUGUAGUGUGCUGUUUCCUAAUAUUCAAUAUGUCAACCCACAUGCUAUUAGUGGGGUUUAUGUAGGCUUCAAUUACACUUUCCUGGCAGGAUGUUGUAAACAGCUGAUCGGAGCAUCACACUGCAAGGGCUGCUGGAGUUCUUGAUCCCUGUGAAGCUCUUCAAGCAGCAGCAGCAUUUCUCUUGUGGGUAUGUAAAGGGUACGAGGCUCAGUCCCUGUAACAAGGUCUGCAUGUUGUCUGUGCUGGACAUGGCUAACCUGUUUAUGUAGAAAGGUCUGGCUUUUAUUCAACUUUGACGGGGCAGAGGCAAUGCAAUGUUAUAGAAAUGAAGGUGGUAUAGUAUAGACUGCGCCUGUAUGGCAAAGUGUUUCUGCUGAAGGUGUGGUUGAAGCAAAUGGAAACCACACUGAACUGCCUGGGACUGAAACUAAAGAAUGAUGGCAGAUUGGGUCACUAUGGUCCACAAGUUGUGUUAACAGUAACUUUUGUUCAACGUUCUGUUUUGUGACCUUGUAAACAACACAGUACUAACAUCAAACCACAAAUGUUCCUCUUUGCUUCUUUCAGACUAAGAUAAAAGUGACUGAGAAUCUCUGCUUCUGAUUUCCUGCACAUGUCAGGGUUUCAAACACUGGAAACCAGUUUGUAUCGUAUUAGUAUUGUAAUGACUCCAACGCUCGAGUUAUCUGCCAUUUUUAAUUGAUUAAUUAAUUACAAUUCCUUUCUGAAGAAAAAACAGAAGGCUAAUCUUAAGUGCCGGGACUGACCUUCCUCAUUCAAAUUAUAAGACCUUUAAACUCUGCUAGUCCCACCUGCUCUCAAUACAGUCAUCCGUUGCCUAGCUGACCAGAAUAAGGGUGGGUGUGUAAGAAGUUGGAUGACUGAAUCCUUUAUACACAGCUGUAACAAUUUACUAUAUUAACACAAUUGUUUUGAGAUUCAGCUUUUAUUAGGAGCUCCCCUAAAUCCCUUGUUUAGAAAGAUACAAGGUAUUAACGCUUGUGACAGGGUAGCCAUCUACUGUGGGGGUGCAUGCAUUCGCUACUGAGUGACAGGGGGGAGAUCGAGACGGAGGAUGAAGUUGAUACGCACCCCCUGCCCUACAGGAGGCUUACAUGACGCUACCAGCAAUGGCAGCUUUUGAUCAUGGUGGAUAAACGGUUAGAGUGAAUACACAACCGAUUACUGUAUAUUCAGACAGAGAAGGUGGGCCUGGCAGAGAUGAAAUAUCACAGUGCCUCAGUUGGUGCCUGAUAGUUAGAUUUCUGCAGGCAAGCUCAAAGGCAGGUUUGGAGAAAAAAAUGAAUAGAACCCAGUGUGAACCCAAAAAUCAAAAAAAGAACCCAGAGUGACUCAGUGAUUCCAAACACCAUAAAAGAGCAAGGGAAAUGUAAAAUCCAAUUCAAAUGACAUCGAAACUACAAAAGCUGCACUACAAUGUGAUGAGUUCAUGUUCGCUAGUCAGCAGCAAAGCGCAGGAAAUCUCGUUCACUGUCUGAAUCCCUUUGUUCAGUUACACUUUUCAUUAAGACUCGAAAGCGAUUCCUUACACUUUGUCACUCUGUGAAUCUCAACAGAAAUUCAGUGAAAUUCAGCCUCUUAUGCUCGUGGCUGUGUGAGAAUGCGUCCUGUCUCUCUUGUGCGCUGCGGGUUGUGUGAAUGCGUCCUCUCUCUUAUGCUCUGCGGGCUGCAUGAACGCGUCCUGUCUCUUGUACUCUGCGGGCUGUGUGAAUGCGUCCUGUCUCUCUUGUACUCUGUGGGCUGUGUAAAUGCAUCUCAUCUCUCGUGCUCUUCGGGCUGUGUGAAUGCGUACUGUCUCUCUUGUGCUCUUUGGGCUGUGUGAAUGUGUCCUGUCUCUUUUGUGCUCUGAGGGCUGUAUGAAUGCUUCCUGUCUCUUGUACUCUGCGGGCUGAGUGAAUGCAUCCUGUGUCUCUCAUGCUCUUCGGGCUGUGUGAAUGCGUCCUGUGUCUCUUGUGCUCUUUGGGCUGUGUGAAUGCGUCCUGUCUCUCAUGUGCUCUUCGGGCUGUGUGAAUGCGUCCUGUCUCUCUUCUGCUCUGCGGCUGUGAAUUCUCCUCAGGCUACCCUUUGGGUUUGCGAUUGCUGGGCAGUCACGGACCCCAAGUUGUCUGGAGUUUCCCCAUUCUGUAUAUGUAAACAACCUCCUUUAUUAUUAUUAUUAUUAUUAUUAUUAGUAUUAUUGCUAUUUUGUCCUUUUUUCCGAUUUCAUACAGGACUUCAUUCUGACUGAAUUCUGCACUAAGGCUGUCGGGUAAUAAAAUAAUUUGUCUCAGCAAAGCAA